AACCAUGUUACGAUGCUGAGUAGGAGUAUUAUUCAGCCAAUCAGGCAUGCUCUUCGAAGCGCCCCUCGGGAUUGUUCAGUCCGGUGCAGGCUCUUGGGUCUUGAGGAUGACAUUACAGUGGUGAAUUCUCUCAUCACGAUGUAUGCAAAGAAUGACAACUUGUGCUCUAGUUCUGAUGUUCUUGGUGCGCUUGCUUAUGGUUGCGCUGUUUCAAGAUCUCUGAAGAAUGGGAGGGAAGUCUAUGCACAACUACUUUCCCAAGCAUCAGCAUUGAAAACUGUCUCUGUUUUUUCUUCCGAUUUGUUGGUUAUGUAUAUGUUCUUAUGGCACGUGUAUAAAAUAGUACUCCAUAUAAUCAUACACUCAACUUCGAUUCAUCAUUUUCGACCAUCCAAACAAGAUUUGGUAUUCAACCUCAAUAUCAAAUAUGGGUUUCGAAUGCCUAAACAUCCAAACAAAAAUAUUGAUAUUCAACCUCAAUAUCAAUAUCAUGUGGCAUUGGCAUUGAAGCCAAUGCAAUGCCAAGCCUCCCAAUGUCUACAUCCAAACAAAGCCUUAGAUUUAUUCUUUCAUUUUUUUCACUAGGCAUAUCUAUAUGCACUAACUCUGUCGGAUUUAUGUUGUUCUUUCUUCAGGAGAUGUUAAUGGUUGGGCAUUAAUAUAUUUUAACUAGCGAGGAACAUAAAUUUUCAGAUUCAUCGAGGAUACAUUGGUUUUGUCACAACGAAGAUGUGUGCCGCAGUAAGUGUGAAAUGGCAGAAGGAGGUCUUUCCAGGCAUAGAGAUCGACACCAAUCAGCCGCCUGUCGUUUUCAAGACCCAGUUGUACACGCUGACUGGUGUACCACCUGAACGUCAAAAAAUUAUGGUGAAGGGUGGAAUAUUGAAGGAUGACGCAGAUUGGUCUACCUUGGGAGUGAAAGAUGGUCAAAAAUUGAUGAUGAUAGGUACUGCUGAUGAGAUUGUGAAAGCUCCUGAGAAAGGUCCAGUGUUUGUUGAGGAUCUACCAGAGGAAGAGCAAGCUGCUGCUCUGGGGCACAGUGCUGGUCUCUAUAACCUGGGGAAUACAUGUUACAUGAAUUCCACUUUGCAGUGCCUGCAUUCUGUUCCGGAGCUGAAGUCAGCACUAUUGAGUUAUUCAGAUAAUGUGAGGGGCAAUGGGGUUGAUCAAGCCUCCCAUAGUUUAACAGUUGCAACUCGUAAUACUUUUGGAGAGCUUGAUCAAAGUGUUCGACCAGUUGCACCUCUACACUUCUUACAGAUGCUGCGGAAAAAAUACCCCCAAUUUGCCCAGCAACAAAAUAAUGUUUACAUGCAACAGGAUGCAGAAGAAUGCUGGACACAGUUGAUCUAUACACUUUCUCAAACUCUUGCAUCAGAAGCAAGUGAGCCUAGUGCCACUCAGAUGAAGGAGCUUUUUGGGAUUGAUCUUGUGAGCAGGGUGCACUGUGCAGAAAGUGGUGAGGUGAGUUCAGAGGCAGAGUCAGUUUAUUCUCUGAAGUGUCAUAUAUCUCACGAAGUAAACCACCUUCAUGAAGGACUCAAGCAUGGUUUGAAGACAGAACUCGAGAAGGUUUCACCAACACUGGGCCGUACUGCUAUUUAUACAAGAGAGUCAAGAAUAAAUGAGUUGCCUAGGUAUUUGACCGUGCAGUUUGUUCGUUUCUUUUGGAAAAGGGAGUCAAACCAAAAGGCAAAGAUUUUACGUAAAGUGGAUUACCCUCUGGAACUCGAUGUCUAUGAUUUCUGCUCAGAUGAGCUGAAACAAAAACUCCAAGCUCCUCGACAGGUGCUGAGAGAUGCAGAAAAUGCCAAGUUUGGUUUAAAAGUGCAGGGGAAAACAAGCAGCUCAAAAGACGAGGGCUCAUCAAGUAGUGCCGGGGAAUCUUCCAGCAUGGACAUUGACAAAGCUGAUUCUUCUCUACCAAAGAAACAGUUAACUGGCAUCUAUGAUUUAAUUGCUGUCUUGACACACAAGGGAAGAAGUGCAGAUUCUGGCCACUACGUUGGCUGGGUUAAGCAAGAUGACGGAAAAUGGAUUGAGUUUGAUGAUGACAACCCAAGCAUACGUAAGGAGGAAGAGAUUUUGAAACUAUCUGGUGGAGGCGACUGGCACAUGGCUUACAUCUGCCUGUACAAAGCUCGUACUAUCUGAAUUUGGAGUUGAGAAGCUUAUGGGCAGAAUCCGCUCCACAUUUCUCAAGUUGCGCAUACCUUGCUUGUUUUUGUGCCACAUUUAGCUUGAGAGUUCAAACCAGAGAAGUGAUGGACCACCGUGUACUUUUACGUUCACUAGAAUAUAUUUACCAGCAGUCAACAAAAAUAUAGAACGAAGAAUCUGGGCGAAACAUUGUUUUUACACUUAAAAAUCCUAUUGAUUUCCUGGAAUAUUGCGUUCUGAUCAGCCGGUAUUUAGUGUUGUGUACUUGGAUUCUUGGUUGAACUUUUUGAUUGGAACCAAUUGGCGCUGGAUAA